ACGCUGCAGAUGUGUGACGUGGUGAACCAGAUCGAGCUGGAGAAGGAGCACUGUGAGAAUAGUACUUUCGGGAACCUCACUUCAGGUCAUUCUCUAAAACUCAUUUCCCUCUCUGUGACUGUUUUUGGGGUGUGCACGAGGCCAUUCGGAGGAAAUGGGAAACAGCAUGAGUGAAUAAAUAGUGAUGUAAUGUAAGCCAGUGUGGGAAUCUAAAGGCAGAAAUGUAGUUUUUCCUAAAUGGACUUUGCCUCAACAAAUAAAAUAUAAAUAUAAUAGUAAGAGCUUUAUAAGAGUGAUUGAUUGACAUUUAAAGAAUAAACAUUUGAUCAUCAUAUUCACUAUGGAUGGCAUGGGACAGAGAAAGCUUCAGCUUUAGUGAUUGAUUACAUUUCUAUACCAGUAGAGACGGUCGAACCCAUAGUCUGUAAAUAAGAAGUGGAUGUAGCCUUGUGGUUUUCCAAAGUAAAGACAUGUGAGGAAGCACUAAAAGUAAUCCAGACUAUACAACUGCAUUCUCUCUAAUGGCCAGGAGGCGACUGAACUGGUUGAAAAGCUCUUGACUUCAUUUAUUUUUUCUUGUUCAGUUAUCAUUUCCUGUUGUAUUCUGUCAUUUUUUUUUACAUUGCUCGUCUUCUUUCUGUUGUCUGAUUACCACCCCAGUGUGUUUAGUCUGUGUGACAGUUUGUUUCUUGUUGCCCCUGAUCUUGUGUUUGUGUGUUCCAGUGGCCUAUACCACUGUACAAGCGUCAUAAACCAUUAACACCUAAGAGAUCCUGUUUAACAGUCACAUGAAGCUGGUGAUCAGCCUGACAAGUCAACCCAGAGUUUCCCUAACUGCGUUCACAUGCGGCGUUAACUUUAUGUGCAGUAACCUCUCAAUCAUGAACAAGUCUGACGUCAGCUGAUCAUCAUAUUCAACUCAGAGCAACUAAUAUUAAAAUAAGGGCUAGAUUCCCAGAGGGGAAACUUAUUUGUCUCCUGGUCAAUUCAUACACACAACAAACAAUAUUGACAGAACAAUUACCACACACAACAAGUAAAUCAUUAACAAACACCAUUGAAACCAUUUGAGACAUCAUUUACAGCCAUGAAUCAGAGCUACAACGAACAAUGUUCAUUAAAAUAUCUGACUGCAGCUGGAACAAAGGACCUUCUAAGUCGUUCAGUUGAACACUAAGGCAUUACUAGUCGCUCACUGAAGAGCUUCAGAGUCCAUUAAUAACACUGUGGAAAGGAUUGCCUUCAAAGAUCAGAACUGUUUUCAGUUUGGUCCUCAUUUUCUUCUCUAAGGUAACUGUAAGUGAGUCUUGGGUAAUGCAAAUCACAGAGCCAGCCUUUUUGAUCAGCUUAUUGAUCCUAUUUUUAUCCCCCACACAGACUGGCCCUCCAGCGCAGCAUGGACACGUGCCAAGGUUGCCAGGGCAUGUGGGAUAUCAUUGCUUGCUGGCCUUCAGCCAGUGUGGGAGAGGUGGUGACAAUUACCUGCCCCACUUACUUCAGCUACUUCAAUGACCAGCACAGAGGUAACCUCUCCAAAACCUGCACAGCAGACGGCUGGACUGAGAUGCAUCCUUUCGACAUCGCCGUGAACUGUGGGUACAAUCUCAACGGCACUAGUGAUGAUGGCAAGUUUUUCUGGCAGGUGAAGAUCGGCUACACUAUCGGCCACAGUGUUUCCCUCAUCUCUCUCACCACAGCUAUCGUGAUCCUCUGCAUCUUCAGGAAACUUCACUGCACGAGGAACUACAUCCACAUGCAUCUGUUUGUGUCGUUCAUCCUGAAGGCCAUAGCUGUGUUCGUCAAGGACGUUGUUCUGUACGAGGUCGGCGAGGUGGACAACUGCUCCACGGGCUCUGUUGGCUGCAAAGUAGUAAUUGUGUUCUUCCAGUACUGCAUAAUGGCCAGUUUCUUCUGGCUGCUGGUGGAAGGUCUUUAUCUUCACGCUCUGUUGGCUGUUUCUUUCUUCUCUGAGAGGAAGUACUUCUGGGCCUACAUCUUGAUCGGCUGGGGUGGUCCCACUGUUUUCAUCACAGCUUGGAGCAUCGCCAAAGCUUAUUAUAACGACGUGGGGUGCUGGGAUAUUAUCGAGAACACUGAUGUCUUCUGGUGGAUCAUUAAAACGCCUAUUUUGGCAUCAAUCCUGAUGAACUUUAUACUGUUUAUCUGCAUUAUAAGAAUACUUCGUCAGAAAAUCAACUGUCCAGAUAUUGGAAGAAAUGAGUCCAACCAGUACUCGAGACUGGCGAAAUCAACGCUGCUUUUGAUUCCUUUGUUUGGCAUCAAUUUUAUCGUGUUUGCAUUCAUCCCCGAGCAGGUGAAGACUGAGCUACGGCUAGUUUUUGACUUGAUUCUCGGGUCAUUUCAGGGAUUUGUGGUCGCGGUCCUUUACUGCUUCCUCAACGGAGAGGUCCAAGGAGAGAUCAAGAGGAAGUGGCGGAGAUGGCACCUGCAGAGAUACAUGCGCUCGGACACCAAAUACCAGCAUCCAUCCAUCGGCAGCAGCAACAACUUCAGCACCCAGAUAACCAUGUUGACGCGCUGCAGCCCCAAAACACGCCGCUGCUCAUCCUCAUGUCACGACGACCUGUCCAGCAUAUAAAAACACACCGAUUAGGACAUACCCACUCUCGUGCCAAACUAUAAGUGGAAAAGAUGAAGCAUACUUAGGCUUAAGGACAUAAAACACACACUCACACACUCCAUUAUCAGCAGGUUAUCAUGCUCUUUAAGCAUGUGUUUGCAGGUAUGUGCACAUUUGAAUGAAAACAAUCAUUUUCUGUCGUUGAAUUUGAUGAUUCAUUGCACAUAUACAGGUGAACUCAUGGGUCAUAUCAUCAUGGAUCAUUUGAUCAAUUGUACAUCGGUUCCCUGUGUGUUCUCAGACACUGGGCAGAGCAACAUGUCACAUAUCAAUGGAGUUUGGAGGAGGGGUCCACAUGUGUACUCCACCAGCAGACCUUAACCUGAUUUAAUUAUGAACGAUUAAACAUCACUUAGUGGAUUCAUUCAGCACCACGGCUGGUGCAAAGACACAGCAUGUAGGAGAAAAAGAGCAGUUUAUCUUUUGUUAGAAAAAAAGCUAAUAUAGGCAACAUAAAAGAAUGUAAACAAACAAAACGGUGUGCAAAAUGUCAAUUUCUUCACUCUGUAGGAAGACGAGAAAAGCCAAACAGUUUGGGACUUCAGACUAGAAGACCAGUGUGUUGCUGAUUCACAGUGACAUGGUUUGGAGAUGUGUCCUUUUCUGCAUCCUCAUGAGAGACUUCCCUUUAUCAGUUCAGUUCCCUCUUGUUUUGUGUGACUCUGAGCUGGUAACAGAGUUGAUGUUUUUUUUUGUUUUUUUUUGCUCAUGCAGUUUUGUUCCACAAUCUUGUGAGCUGCUGCUUUCAGUGUUCUUUGAAGUGAUACUUUCAAUCAAAUCACUGCUGGCUCUCGGGCUGCACAGUAACCCCGGAGAGGAAAUACCUUGAAGCAAUCCAGUCUCUGAAUGUUUACAUUAACAUGGAAGGAGUCAUUUAACACUGAACAGACAAAUAUACAGUGUAUAGAAAAUUAAUUGCUGUUGAUUGUCCUGCCAGAGCGAUUGUGUAGUGGCAGUAAUAUAAGUAAUGCGUCUCUGUAAUUGUUGUUUGUUCUUGUUGUUGCAACAUGUGGGAUUUAGAGCAUUGCCAGGAACAUUCAAUUCUCUUGUAUGAGCUUGUUUAUGUAGCAAUCUGUGGCUUUAGUUAACAGUUAAAUAGAGGCACUGCAUUACACUGCAGAUAAGCUUUAUUGUUGACGCUGUUGGAGACUGACUGGAGCUUGAACUCCUAAAUCGUAAAUAUUUGCUGAAAUCUCCAGUGACUUGUCAGGUUUAAUCUUCUCCACCAGAGGAGUUUGAACCUGAUAAGUCAGUCGAGUCUUUUGGAUUUGAUAGGGGAAAAAAAAGCAAGGUGACAGGGAUGACUGGCCAUGUCACAACAAUGCUGUCACUGUGCUUUUAAUGCUUACAGGUUGAGACUUGGAAGUCAACUGCAUGUGCAUCGAAGUGUUGACAUCCACAAGACCAGCUCUACCUGGAAGAAAGAGUAAACUCAGCCACACCAGUGCUGGUUUAAAGGGUCUGACCCACCAUGUGAUAUCAUGGGGAAAUAAACAACAGUACAUAAUAACCUCUGAAGGCCUUUAAUAUGGAAUGUUUUGUUGGUGGGCUAAAAACAUAUUCACUUUCUGCUGGAGUGAUGAAUGUGAGGAUUGCUCUCAUAUCUGUCUUUGUCAGCUCCCAGUUAGCUUAGCUUAGCAUAAAGACCUAAAGCCAGUGGAAACAGCUAGCACGACUCUUUAAUGAAGUUAUUAAUCCACCUGCAUAUAUAGAAAAUGUACUAAUUGAUACACCUUAAAUUACAUUCCUCUGAUGACAAAACUAGCUUAUCCCGCACACGAUAUAGUAACGCUGUAAACCUGCUACUUUCCUUCUUAAUAAAACGUUUGUUUUUUCAUUUCAAUAUUUUGUAAUCUUUGGAAAGCUGCUUCGCCAUUUUCACGUCAUUUUGCUCUGCUGACUAGCAACUGUAGCUACACAUGUAACAUUCAGGUAUCAGAAUUCACUUCCAUUAGAUCUCAUUACAUUGUUUCUCGUCUGCCUUCUCUUGUCAGUGACGUUAAAUGUUAUUCUGUGAAUUUGCUAAUUUACCUCCAAUAACCAUGAAUGUAAAUAGAUUUGUACAUACCAACAACAACAAAAAUGUACAGAGUUUUUUUUUAAAGUCACAAGUGUUGCUUGAUGUUAUUUGACCGUGUUCUGGUGACCUCGCAUGAUUAUCUUUGUAUCAAUGAUACUUUAUAAAAAAGUUGGACGAUGAUUCUUCUGUGUGCUUACAGUAAGUAUUCUGUAUUAAAGUAGACUUUAUAUAAUAGAGUUUUUUUUGUGAACUGGACAUUGUGUUGUGUACAUUGAAGGUUGAAGAGUUGAAUAUUAUGGUUUGUCUUCAGUGGGCAGAACACUCAGGCAAUGCACUGCAUUGUGAAGCUUCAAAUGUAUGGCGAGUAUUUAUAGUUGUAAGUUAAGAGAUGUCUACAAAAAAACCCACCUCUUGAUUUGAUAUGACUUCUUUUGUGUAUUAUUAUUUAUUAUUAUUAUUAUUAUUAUUAUUAUUAUUGUUGUUGUUGUAAGUCAUUUGCUGUACAGUGUAUGUAAAGAUUGUUUUCUUGACAGGAAUUCAACUUGCCAUAAAAUGUUGUCAUGUUACGCUCAACCUGUUUGAAAUAAAUGAGAGACAUACUAAA